AUGAUGCAAUCUAGGUUUUGGGGCGAUGACUCUGAUGAUUCGUACUCAGAUUCGUCAGAAUAUUCAAGUAAGUCGGAAGAGAAGGACCAGAAGCGCGCCGAUGCAAACAAAUGGGCAAUUGAAAGCUCAGAUGAAGACGGAGAGUCGAGAGUAGUUAGGUCGGCAAAGGCAAAGGCACUGGAAACAAUACAGAAUCACCUGAAGACAAUCGAGCACCUGAAAAAAAUCAACGACUAUUCAGAGUUGCUGAAAGACUACGAUGUGUUGGCGAAACUGGUAGAUAAGCAGUACCAGACGAGAAUGCCGAAGCUGGUGGUGAAGAUAGUGGUGGAGCUGACGCAGUUUAUGGAGGCGCAGCAGAAGGACAAGGAGUCGUACAAGAAGCUGUCGAAGGCGAAGACGAUAUCGUUUAACACACUGAGGUCGAGGCUGAGGAAGUUCAACGAGCAGCACGCGGAAAUAAUAGAAGAGUACAACAGAGACCCGGAUAAUUUCUUCGACGUGCUGGCACAGUCAGAAAAGCGCGUAGGCUCGGAAUCAAGUGAGUCGGAAUGGAGUGAAGAGGAGGAAAAAGAAAGCGCAGAAGACGAAGAAGAGCGUGAAGGUGAAAUGGAAGACGAGGAGGAAGAAGAUUACGAAGUGUCGGAACAAGAUAGGUCGCCACUGUCAGGAGACACGAGCGGCUGGUCAGACUCAGGAUCGCAGCAGUUCUCAGAAGUGGAGGACGUGGAUAAGCAUAACACAGCAAUGGUCAAAUGGGGAAUGAAGAAGACGGAAGCAAGAGUGGAAUCGGCAGAUAAGCAGGUAAAAGUGAAGAGUAAGGGAGGAAAGAAGAAGGAGGUGCUGGAGAAACAGCCGCAAGUGACGAGCAUAGUGAAGUUCGCAGAAGUGUUGGCAGCGUCAGAGGCGUUGUCAGAGUACUACAAGGAAGUGAAGCUGGGAAGCGACGACAACCCUUUUGAGGUGAUGCUGCCUGAGGUGGAGCACAUGCUGACGUCAGUGUACCUGGACGAAAAGUCGCUGAAGCACUUCAUCAAGACGAUCAUGGAGAAGAGAGGAAAGAGAGGAACGAAUAACACGGAAAACCUGAAGCUGCUGCAGGCGCUCCCGUACAUCGCGAAGAAGAUAUCACACACGCUGUACCUGGAGGUGUUGGAGACGCUGAUACACCUGCAGUUUGACACGUACGCGCACGCUUAUGGAGCGAUGCUGCCGGGAGAGUGGGUGAGCACGUACAGAGUGGCCUCGCACCUGGUCUCGGAGCUGGUGGAAAACCCAGGCUCGUACCUGCAGACUGACAACCUGAGCAGCGUGGCGUACACAAUAAACGAGAACGGCGAAGAACAAGUGGCAGUGUCACCGACCGCGACGGACCAGACGGAGAAGGUGAAGACGUCGCUGACGAUACUGUCCUCAAUAGUGCAAAAGUUAAACGACGAGUUGUACAAGGGCCUGCUGUACACAGACGUGCACAACCCGGACUACAAGGCGAUGCUGGGAUACACAAUUAACAUGAUAUACCUGCUGCACAGAACGAUGCUGUACUACACGAGCUUUGAAAAGGGAAUGGAGUUCGCAGCGACGACAGCAAUGCUGAUACUGGACCACUGCCACUACAAGGAGGACGGAAUAUCAGCAAAAAUAUGGGACAUGGUGAGAAGUAAGGUGAAGGACGAGAAGCAGCUGCAAAGGUUCUUCCCGAACGAAGAGAAGAAGCCGAGCGACCUGGUGUCAGAGCUGGUGAACUUCGUGGUCGUGUACGGAAACCAGAGAGAAAAGGUGAGAGCGUGUCUGCACCUGGCGUACAACCGGGCGUUGCACGGGCACUACUACGAAGUGAGAGACCUCUUCCUGGUGUCAAACCUGCACGAAUUGGCAAGCGAAACAGAUGUGUCGACGCAGAUACUGGUAAACAGGACGCUGGCGCAGCUGGGAAUAUGCGCCUUCAGACACGGGUUGAUAAGCGAAGCGCACUCGUACCUGAUGGACAUGUGCGCGCAGAGCAGACACAAGGAGCUGCUGGCACAGGGACUGUCGAACGUGAAGAACAUGGAGAAGACGCCGGAGCAGGAAAGAGCGGAGAAGAGAAGGCUUCUGCCGUACCACAUGCACAUCAGCAUAGACCUGCUGGAGUCAGUGGACUUCAUCUGCGCACUGCUGCUGGAGUCGGCGAACUACGCAAAGUCGCCGCUGAAGUCCAGAGAAGUUAUCUCGCGCCAGUUCAGAAGAAUGUUCGAAAUGUACGAAAAACAAGUAUUCGUAGGGCCCCCUGAGAGCAACCGCGAGGUUAUCCUGGUGGCAUUCAAGCACCUGCAGGAGGGAGACUGGAAAAAGUGCUACGAGGCGAUACUCUCGCUUAACACGUGGAGCAUCAUGCCCGACGAGGAAAAGGUGAAGCAGAAGGUGAAGGAGCUGGUAAAGGUGGAGGGGCUGCGGACGUACAUCUUCAAGUACGUUAACCUCUACGACGCGUUCUCAGUGGAGCAGCUCGCCUCAAUGUUCAGCCUCGAUGAAAACGCAGUGCGCUCAGUCAUCAGCAAGAUGAUCGUCAACGGGGAGGUCCACGGCAGCUGGGACGUCACGUCGACCUGCUGCAUGAUCAACCACUCGGAGCCGACGGAGCUGCAGAAGCUCGCGGUGAAGCUGGCGGAGAACCUGUCGACGGCGGUGGAGCAGAACGAGCUCACGCUGAACAUGAAGAACUCGAAGUUCGCGCUCGCGCAGGACCGGCGCUUCCAGCAGCGCGACGCGCGCUUCAGCUACGGCGCGCGCAACGAGGACGGGCGCAUGUCGACCUUCAACUUCAACCGCAACAAGAAGUUCGUGCAGAGCAGGCAGCCGCGUCCGUUCCAGAUACCGACGCGGUAG